UUAAACGUAUAUAAAUUUAUAUAAACCAUUUAAAAUCUUACAUCUUUUCUUUUGAUUUAAUCCUAAAAUUUCUGCAAUAUGGAUCAAACGAGAGUCCCUCAAACGACGAAUACUCCAGAAAUGGUCCCUGAAAUUUCAAAUACUCAGAAUACUUUCCCGGGACUGUUGCAGCCUCCAGAAGUAUGCGAUUCGAGUCUGCAGGCGAAGAAAAUGGCAGAAGAAAUUGCCAAGCGAGUUUUAAGUAACAUGAUAACGUCCCAGGAGUGCAUGCAAUUAAAGCGCGACCUGGAAGUCGAACAUGUCAACGAACUCGAAAUAAGUCCGGCUAUCCUUUGCCUCAUACUGACUUUUUUAGUGUUUGUGACCGCUUUUUGGGUUUGGCUAAUCUCAAGAAGUUGCGUUUUUCACCAAGCAGACAAUGGUAGGACAGACAAGCGCCUUCAAGGAGGUCAAAUGUCAGGGACUGGAUCUGGGUCCGAAUCAAGGUCAGGAUCGUGGAGCGGGUCAGGAUCUGGGAAAGGAUCAGGAUCAAAGUCCACAACAGGACCACGACCAGGGAUCCGUUCGGGAUCGAAGACUGGCUCAGUAUCAAGGUAUGGCUCGGGAUGCAGUGCCACAAGAUGCGAGGGUUACUUUUUGGGCGGACCUGGUCGUUGCAGAGCUGGUUCCACUGGCAGACUUCGAAACAGUAGCUCCGAUAAAAUGUUUGGAGCGGCGGUUCCUUCACGUCCUUGGAGAAGCUGCCCCAUAAGCUUGUGUCGGCAGGAACCUUCCCCAAUUCACUCGCAAGCCUUUACGAAAACAUCCAAUGCAGAAUUCUCACCAACCACAGAUUUGGAAUCUCCCGUAGCCACUUCGCCUACAAAAACUGAAUCUUUAACCCAAGAAGCCCCCAGAAGCAGUCAGGAGACAUUUUUCAAACCUGAAAUUCGAUACUCCUCUUGCGGGGCAGAGGCUGGAUCCCCUUCAAGCAGCUACCAGUUGUGCUCUUACACAUGUUCCGAAAAGGGCUUCCCUGUGCCCACAAAGAAAUACCGUGUGCAAUGGUCAAGAUUUCUAAAACUAGGUCAAAAGGAGAAGUUAGACAGUUAAAUACUCAAUUACAAAAUUAAUGGAGUUUAUUUAAAUGAUAAUUUUUUUAUUAAAAUGGCUUUCGUUUCUUAUUCUAUAAUCUCA